AAUAUAUAUUUUUUCAUGUAUUUAUAUAAGUAUCCUUAUAAUCUAAUUCUGUUAAAUUAUUCUAGGCUAGCUAAGGAAAAACUUAUGUAUGAAAAAGAAGCUGCAAAAGAAACGGCAAAACUGGAAAAAAUGAAAGCAUCUGGAGAAGACAGUUACAUGAUGCGUAAACAGGAGGAAGUUAUAAAAGAAUCAAUAAUGAUGAUUCCUGAUACUGUGAAACGUUACCAAAUGGCACGUAAUGAACUACAAGAAAUUCUUGAUAAUGAACUUGAGCUUGCUGAAAGUGAAGAAUACCAGGCUGCUUUAGAAGUUUUAAAAGAAACAUCCAAAACUAUUGAAUCUUCAGAUUAGGGUGUAUUUGUUAAUAUAAGCACAAUUUAUGUAUUAUAUUCAUUUAAUAUUUGUAUAACAUUUUACAAUAAAUAUUUACACAGUUGAA